AUGGAAUGGAGUUUCUAUGACUGUCUGUUUGUUUAUCUAUCUAUCUAUCUAUCUAUCUAUCUAUCUAUCUAUCUAUCUCAGUUUAUUCAUAAGUCUGUUCAUCUAUCUAUCUAUCCCAAAUCUGUUUCUAGCCCGUUCUUCUUUAUACUGGCAACGCUGACUUUUCUUUUUCCGCUUUCCUUACUGAAUCUUUCUUUUAUUUCUCUUUUUUCCUUUGUGAUUCCUUUCCAAUUCUUUGCUUCACAUUUUCAUAUCUACACGCCCAGUCUAUAUCUAUCAAUCUUCCAUUAUCUCAAUCUCUCUAUUUCUUUCCGUUUGUCCGUUUCUGAUUUCAUCUUUUCAUAUCUGUUGAUGACAUCUUUCAUCUAUCUAUCUAUCUAUCUAUCUAUCUAUCUGUCUGUCUAUCUAUCUAUCGAGCUCUCUUCCUAUCUAUCUAUCUAUCUAUCGAACUCUCUUCCUAUCUAUCUAUCUAUCUAUCUAUCUAUCUAUCUAUCUAUCGAACUCUUUUCCUAUCUAUCUAUCUAUCUAUCUAUCUAUCUAUCUAUCUAUCUAUCUAUCUAUCUAUCUAUGCCAGUAUCUUCGUUAUCUAUCUAUCUAUUGAAAUAUCAACAUUUGUUAUCUACCUAUCUAUUUAUCUAUCUAUUUUACUUUCCUAUCUAUCUAUCUAUCUAUCUAUCUAUCUAUAAUGUGUACUUGCCUUUCUUUGUUCGAUAUAAUUCGAUCCUUCAGCUAAUAAUCUAUCUAUCUAUCUAUCUAUCUAUCUAUCUAUGCAUGCUUGAAUGUACACGUACGGGUAUGUGUGCGAGGAGAGACCGAAAGAUGUAG